AUGCCAACAUUGGCACUGGAAGUAUAUGGGAGCCAGUCAGGAGAGUCUAAGUCAUUGAGACUUGCAUCAAAAAAUGAACAACAUGAUGUUUCCAGUCACAGCUCUUCGUCAUCUGAUAAAGUAGACAACACCUCUUCAGUUCCCACCUCAGCAUGUGCGCCGCCAACAGUAAGCCCUCCAGUCCAAGUGAUGGACCCGUCGGGAGGAUAUGAUCCUAACAGGAUUCCAUCUUCAAUAUUUGCAAGAAAUAAUACAUCUCCAAUCGAAUGGAGUACUGCUUCUAAUGAAUCAUUGUUUAGCAUUCACUUAGGGAACUAUAGUUUCUCUCGGGACCAUAUCUCUAUGUUCGAUGAUUUGUACAAGUCUGGGGAAUUGACAAAGUCUGGUGAGCUUCGUAGCCAACCUUCAUUUGUUAUACCAGAGGACAGAGAAAUUGACAAGGAGAAUAAUGAUAUGAAGGAUUCGCAAAAAAAUAAAAGGGUAGAUGAAACUCAUGAGUCAGAAAAGAGGUCGAACGAAGAGCAAACCAAGGCGCAGAGUUCGCAUCCGGGUAUAAUUUGUAAUUCUCGCAACGUCUCCGGUCGCUCUCAUUGUAGCGGAACCAGUACGUGCUCUUUUGCGUUCCCAAUUUUGAUAGAAGCGGACGGACCUAGUGCCCACAAGGUAGAUGUUUCCCCACGGCAUUCAGAAGAAGGACCAUAUGUUCCCCCAAAAGAAGACGCAUCUAAACUAGCACCGCACCCAACUGCCAAGCGUUGGAAUUGGUUCUGGUGCUUCUCUUGGUCCUCUUGUUGGACAAGGGACAAGUGUUGUCAUUGUCGUUGUUGUUAAGGCAGUGUGUAUCUGGGAAUAUCUAGGCCUUAUUUGGCAUAGCUAUUAGCUCCUCUAGGUUUACAGGCAUGAAUAUGAUCAGAUAUCAAGUCACUUGUGUUGAGGAUAUUAUAGGGAUCAUCUUAAGAUUCGAGAGCUUCUGACUUGUGGAUUCUUCUGCUCUCUGUCUCUGAUGUGUGGAAAUCUGUGUUUCCCAUGAAAGUUUCUUCUUCCUGAUAGGGAAAAGAAGAGGUGAUGGAGAUCAUGGCAGCCUAGGAUCUCUGAUCUUGAAUAACUUUGAACAAAGUGUAACUAACUUUCUUCCUCCACCUGUGGCGAGUAGGACCCUCUCAUGUAAAUAUUAGUUUUACGAUA